GGAUUAAGUGAGGAACAAAAAGAAUAUAUUAAUAAUUGUUUAGCACAAAAUACAAUUGACCUAAUUAACGAAGCAUUUGAAAACUUCUUUACCGAAGAAGAAAAUUUAUUACUACUGGAAAACAACGAAUAUGUAGCCAAAAGCCCGAAAGAAAUUGAAGAUAUUUAUCUGCCUCGCCUUAAACAAAAGGCCAUUGCUGAUAUAGAAAAAUUGGCUACUGAUAAUCCGGCUAAAUUGGCGGGGAAAACCUUAGAGAAUAUAUUAGGGAAUGACUGA